AUGCAGAGGCUGCGCCCCGAGUUGUCGCUCCGAGACUCUUCUGCCAUUUUACUUCCUCCCCCCGUUCUCGGGGUCCCCCCCGCGCGGGCGCCCCUCGAUCUCUUCCCCGUCCCCGGGGCCCCCCGGAACCACGGCGAGCCCGCGCGCUCAAGGACGCCCCGGGCCGGCCGCCAAGGACAAAGGACGCGGCGCCACUCACCGGGGUCCGCGCGGGCCGCCCCGACACCCAGCGCGUCGCCGAGCCGCCUCGGCCCUCGCGCGCCGCCAUUCCCCGCGGGCGCCGCCGGCGACGCGGCCUCCCCGGCCAUCUCGCGCCGACUCGGCGGCAACACGGCCGCCUCAGCCGCUCGGCCGCGCGCUCCCCGCCCCCACGCCGGCUCCUUCUCCCGCCCGCAGCGCCGCCGGCCCCACGCGCACGCGCGGCCCCGCCCCCGCGCCGCGCUGAUUGGCCGCCGCGCGCGACAGCCCCGCGCGGAUUGGCUGCCCCGCGCGCUUCCGGCCAACCUGUUUCUUACCCCUCCCCUCUGCGCGCAUGCUCGCUGGCGUCUUCCUGCCUUCCCGCCGCUGUCGUCGUCGUCGUCGUCGUCGUCGCUGCUUCGCCGCGAUUACCUCACGGAGGCCACACCCACUCACACCCGCCCCCAGCGCAAGCUCAGCGCUGAUUGGCUAGUGGCCAUGGCGCUCAGCUCCUCCCCGCUCUGUGAUUGGCUGAUGCUAGAGCUUGGCCCGCCUUCUGGGGGUGGGAGCGAGGCUCGCGCUCUCUCGCUCUCUCUACUCAGGCCGGGCGCCCCGCAGUGCAAAGGCCUGAAGGGGUGGUUUUCUUGA